UCGGGGCGCGUGCCCAGCUCUGCAUCCUCCUCUGCUUCGGCUUCGCUUCGGGUACCGCCGGGCAAGAUGCGGUCUUCCUUGGCGCCGGGCGUCUGGUUCCUCCGCGCCUUCUCCAGGGACAGCUGGUACCGAGGCUUCAUCCUGCUGAUUACCUUCUUAAUCUACACCUGUUAUCACAUGUCCAGGAAGCCCAUCAGUGUUGUCAAGAGCCGUCUGCACCGCAACUGCUCAGGGAUGAUCCAGCCCAUCAACGACACCCACAGCCUCAACGACACCACGUGGUGCAACUGGGCCCCAUUUGAUCAGAGCAACUACAAGGAGCUCCUGGGGGCGGUGGACAACGCCUUCCUCGUGGCCUACGCCGUCGGCAUGUUUAUCAGUGGCAUUUUUGGGGAGCGGCUCCCCCUCCGUUACUACCUUACAGCCGGAAUGCUGCUCAGCGGCCUUUUCACCUCGCUCCUUGGCCUGGGGUAUUUCUGGAACAUCCACGCGCUCUGGUACUUUGUUCUUAUCCAGAUCUGCAACGGACUCGUCCAGACCACGGGCUGGCCCUCCGUGGUGACCUGCGUGGGCAACUGGUUCGGGAAGGGGAAGCGGGGGCUCAUCAUGGGCAUCUGGAAUUCCCACACAUCCGUGGGCAACAUCCUGGGCUCCCUGAUCGCCGGCAUCUGGGUGGAUGAGCAGUGGGGCCUGUCCUUUGUGGUGCCCGGCGUCAUCACCGCCAUCAUGGGCCUCAUCACCUUCUUCUUCUUCAUUGAAUACCCAGAAGACGUGGGCUGCUCCCCACCUCAGCACCAUGGUGGGCUGGAAGAGAACGUGGACGACGCUGAGGACCCUGGCAGUGGGCCCCACUCUAACAGAGAGAACGGCCUGGAGUCUGCUGUCACCUCCUCCAAGGAGCCAAGCGCUCAGCCCACUGCCAUCAGCUUCUUUGGGGCGCUCUGGAUCCCGGGUGUGGUCGAGUUCUCCUUGUGUCUGCUCUUUGCCAAGCUGGUCAGUUACACCUUCCUCUACUGGCUGCCCCUCUACAUCUUCAACGUGGUUCACUUUAGUGCCAAGGAGUCUGGGGACCUGUCCACGCUCUUCGAUGUUGGUGGCAUCGUAGGCGGCAUCCUGGCGGGGCUCAUCUCUGACUACACCAAUGGCAGGGCCACCACCUGCUGCGUCAUGCUGAUCUUGGCUGCCCCCAUGAUGUUCCUGUACAACUACGUUGGCCAGAGCGGGAUCAGUAUCUCCAUAGUAAUGCUGCUUAUCUGUGGAGCCCUGGUCAACGGCCCUUAUGCCCUCAUCACCACUGCUGUCUCGGCUGACCUGGGCACGCACAAGAGCCUGAAGGGCAACGCAAAGGCGCUCUCCACCGUCACGGCCAUCAUCGACGGCACUGGAUCCAUAGGUGCGGCUCUGGGGCCUCUGCUGGCCGGGCUCAUUUCCCCCACAGGCUGGAACAACGUCUUCUACAUGCUCAUCACUGCCGACAUCCUGGCCUGCUUGCUCCUCUGCCGGCUGGUGUACAAAGAGAUCCUGGCCUGGAAGGCAUCCCUGAGUAGAGACAGAGGCUCUAGUGUGGCCCUAACCCACGCGCGGUAGUAUUUUCCUCAAGUCCCGUGACUUUGUAUAGAGAAAUGUGAGGACCCGAUUGCAGCAGAAACUUGGAGGGCCCUCGCCGGGUCCCACAGUUCCCCCCCACAGAUGGCUGAGGCAAAGCCUCUGGACCCAACACCAGCCAGCCCAGCCCACGAGGCUUCCACAGGCUAGGAGACUCUCCACCAGCAGGGGACCACCAAGCUUGAGGCCACGGAAGACUCAAGGGCCUUGUGGGAGGACGGAGGGGACGCAAAGUGCCCACUGAACUAAGGCACCUUGAGACCAAAAAUUGAGGAGGCAGCUCCGUGUGAUCAAUGGACCAGUUUAGUAUAGGGUCACUUACAGGGUGGGAUCGG